CGACCAUGUCUCCCAACGGCGAUUUCUGUAGCGACAUCGCUGUCGACUCCAAGCGCUCCAUUAAUGGAUCGUCACGCAGCUGGAAGGAGACGGCGAAAUGGAAGGUCAGAGAGCGAGAGGCUCUUCUAGAUCGAUUCCAGGGGUGGAGAUUGCAGGUGCCAGUACCGGAUUCCAGAACAGACGUUUCCGCCAUCCCAACGUCUCAGCUCACUUCUCGCGAGAAGGAGAUUGUCUUACAGGACGCGACGUCGCUGGUGGAGGCCCUUCGUGAUCGCCGUUAUACUGCUGUCGAAGUGCUCAAGGCGUUCUGUCACGUUGCGACGAUCGCGCAGGAUCUCACCAAUUGCCUGACAGAGAUCAUGUUCGAAGAGGGGCUACAGAGAGCGGCGGAGCUUGAUAGGCAUUUAGAGGAAACGGGCCAGGUGGUCGGGCCGCUGCAUGGUCUCCCAGUGUCAAUCAAGGAUCACAUACGAGUCAAAGGUCAUGAUACGUCAACCGGGUAUAUAGCGUGGGCGUACAAGAAGGUCGCCGCGCAUGACGCCGUGGUGGUCGACAUACUGCGCAAGGCCGGAGCUGUGAUCUACGUGAAAACAGCCAAUCCGCAGACAUUAUUGUCGCUCGAGACGCACAACAAUAUCUAUGGUCGGACAGUAAACCCUUUUAAUAGACGGCUCACUCCGGGCGGCAGCAGUGGAGGCGAGAGUUCGUUGAUAGCUGUCCACGGCAGCCCGAUGGGGAUCGGCACGGACAUCGGUGGAUCGAUUCGUAUACCCGCUGCUCACAUGGGUCUCUACGGUCUGAAAGGUUCCGUCGGUAGACUACCCCAUGCCGGUCUGGAGGGUUCCCAUGACGGGAUGGAUGCAGUUGUGGGGGCCCUGGGUCCUCUGGCCACAUCCGCACGGGACCUGGCCCUGUUUUGUCGGGUGAUGCUGCAGUAUGAGCCGUGGCUGGUGGAGCCGCCGCUAUUGGAGAUGCCAUGGAGACAAAACGUGAUCGAUGGUGUAGGCAUCCCGAAGCAGCUGUCGAUCGCAAUUAUGUGGGACGACGGUGUCGUCACCCCGCACCCUCCCAUCCUCGACGCCCUGAAGCGCACGAAAGAGGCCUUGAUCGCCGCAGGGCAUGACGUGAUCACCUGGGAGCCUCUUGAUCACCAGGAAGCGUGGGACCUCAUUACCAGGCUGUACUUUCUCGACGGCGGCGAGGAGUACCGAGAGACCCUGAAAGGCGAGCCUGUGGUGCCGCAGUCUGAGUGGAUCCUGUCGCAGGUCCCGAACGACGGCAAGCCGUUCACGAUAGCCGAGACAUUCAAACUCAACCUCGCACGGGAGACAUUCAGAGCCAGGGUCGCUGCUCACUGGAACCAGACGGUACGGAGGACCAGCACGGGUCGACCUGUCGAUGCUGUGUUGUGCCCUGCCGCGCCCACGCUGGCACCGCCACAUGAUACGACCCGAUGGUGGGGUUACACCUCGUAUUGGAACCUGAUGGACUAUCCGGCGGUGGUGUUCCCGACAGGCCGUUUCAAGGCGCGGGACUACACACCAACGGAUGUUUCAGGCGAGCUUUCUCUUGGGAUUACGCGUCCCCGGAAUGCGGUGGAGGAGUUCGUCAGGGGACAGUGGGUGCCGAGGACAUAUGACAACGCCUCGGUUAGUUUACAGCUGAUAGGGAGACGUCUGAACGAGGAACGGCUAUUGGGCAUACUUGGGGUUAUGGAGGAUGCCGUGCGUUGUUCACAGGUGGCAUAUUCUUAAUCGGCGUGAUCACUUAUUGAGAAUGAUAUCUUGGUGGUUUUGGUCACGGGUGGCGCAGUUUUACACCC